AUGAUUCACAACAACAACCCCGAAUCACGGGACAUGGUUUUGCAAUGCCUGCAACAAAUGAUACAGGCGCGAACUCACAACCUCCGCUCUGGUUGGCAGACCAUGUUCGCUGUGUUCUCGGCAGCGUCCAAAGUGUUCAAUGAGGCGAUUGCGAAUUAUGCAUGGGACGUGGUGACUAUGGUCAAUCGUGAUCACUUUUCGGCCGUGGUCUCCUAUGGAUCCUUUGCCGAUCUCACCGUUUGCAUUGCAGACUUUUGCAAACUUAGCAAAUUCCAGAGAAUCAGUCUGGUGGCCACGUCAACGCUGCGCGAACUAGUUCCCAAGAUGCUAAAAUGCCCUCAUUGUGGCUUCGAAAAUCCGCCCAGCAGGCAAGACGGUGUCCUGAAGUCGGACGAUCCUAUGCUCCGAUUCUGGUUCCCUAUGCUUUUUAGCUUCGUGGACAUCAUUCUCAACGGGGAGGACCUCGAAGUUCGAAGAUUAGCUCUCGAGAGCUUCUUCGGAAACCUUAAGACCCAUGGCAAAGAAUUUCCUCCGGAAUUUUGGGACAUUGUCACGAAAGAGCUGAUUUUCCCUAUAUUUGUCGUGCUCAAACUGGGUCCACAAGAUUUGUCCCGUUUCAAUAGCCAAGAAGACAUGAGUGUGUGGAUAUCGACGACGAUGAUCCAAGCGCUCCGAGACACUAUCGACCUGUGGACUUUCCACUUUACUCUUCUUGAGCGCUUCUUUGACGGGUUGCUCGACUUACUGCGCACAUUCAUUUGCCAAGAAAAUGAUACUUUGGCCCGUAUUGGCACAUCAUGCCUACAGCAACUCUUGGAGAACAACGCCUCGAAGCUGUCUCCUCAGCUGUGGCAGAAAGUGAUGACGACCUUUGUCUGGUUAUUCAAAACGACCACACCAUACCAGCUGCUUGACGAACGUUUACGAACAGAGGUUGAAGAGACUCCCGAUGCGUCAUCCGCAGACAAUGGUCCUCAAAAAGGGACACUCUUACCGGCCCCAUUGUCCCCCCCAAUCACGGAUGGACAGGAGGAGAACCUUGCUAACCCUGCCACGCGAAAACGCAUCUUUGCUCUCAUCAUCACCAAAUGCGUUCUUCAACUACUUCUGAUAGAGACUACGCACGAGUUACUACAAAGCAACGAAGUCUAUGAGAACAUUCCGACGGAGCAUCUCUUGCGCCUGAUGGCGGUUCUCGACGACAGUUACCAAUUUGCUCGUGGAUUCAAUGCGAACAAAGAGGUUCGCAACGGGCUAUGGAGAGUCGGGUUCAUGCGCCACCCACCGAACCUUUUAAAACAAGAGUCGAGUAGUGCAGCAACUCUGGUCAAUGUUCUGCUACGGAUCGCGUCUGAUAAACGGCCCGAGCAUACCAAAAACCGUGAGGAGGCGUCCAAUCGUCUAAUCUUACUCGGAAUGACGAUCAUAGGUGACUUUAAUCAGCUCAAACCAGAGGUACAAAGUCGAAAUAUCUCGGCGUGGUCGCCCGUCGUGGCGGAAGUUCUCGAGGGCUUCAGCAUCUUUGAGGAUCAUAUCUUCCAUAUGUAUCUCCCAGUCCUCUACCCACGAGCAGUGGACUUGUUGAGCAAGGAUAUCUCUCCCGAAAUCCGCAUCGCUCUUCGAUCCGUACUGUUGCGCAUCUCACCGGGACAAUAG